AUGGGCUUUUAUAAAAAAAUUGGUGGUGAAAGUUAUUAUGACUUAUUUGGUAACUUAGAAAUUAUGUCUACGCCUUCAACUCCAAAUAUAAAUGAUGAUAAAACUACUUUUAAUAUCGCGAAUGAAUCAGCAAAGGAUAUUAAUGAUGAAAUGGACUUCAAACAAUCUCCUACGCAAGAUGAAUUUUUUUCCUUUAUAAAUUUAAAUGAUAAUAUUGAACAUAUGGAAAACAAUUCUGAUGAUAAUUCUUCCAAAACGGAUUCUUUUGAUGAAUUAAUACAUAUUGAAGAUAAUGAAAAUAUAUGUGUAGAUACUGAGGACUCGGAUGAUGAAAAUGAGAUUAUGAAAAUUAUAAUUGAGAAAAAUAAUAAAAUAUGUCAUUCCAUUUGUGCAAUUAUGGUUAUGAAUCCAAAAACUGAAGAGAUUAAUAAAUGUCAAAACCCAAGUAUUCGGAAAUUAUGGCAGUUAGUCAGAAUUUGGGAAAUUAAUUCAGAAUCUAUUAAAAUAGGAAAUGCUGAACCUAGUAAACUUAGU